GUGUAUAAAUACAAAUAUACAACUCAUAUUCAUAUCCUGCGCAUGAUAAAAUCAAUCAAACAACCUGCUCAGGACCAAAAUCAAAAUGUCUAUAUAUUAUAAGCUUCAUUUGUCCCUCAAUCAAAAGACUUGGUAAGACAAAUUAGCCAAACCAAACACUGACCAUAAAAAAAGAAUAAUAUAUUGAAAAAAAAGUCCGAAAAACACACACAGAAAGAGAGAGAGAGAGUUAGUUACUGCUCCAUCUUCUGUUCAUUUCGUUUUUCCUGAAUUCUUGCAGCUUUUAUUAUUAAGCUGCAAUCGGGCAGUUCAGAAUUUUGUCUCUUCCUAUUUAUUUACUUUAUUUUAUUACCAUUUUUUCUUUAAGAAUUAAGAUUAAAUACUGUAAACAGUAAAUAUACACACAAACAGUGUCUGCAUUGGGCGGUCAAAAUGCAGAACCCGGAAAGCAGUCAACAGCACCGCCCCAACAGCUCCGACUCCGACGCCCCUGCCCCCGGAGAGAAGCCGGCAGCGGCGGCGUCGAACAGCGACCCGCUUAGCAAGCGCCCGGCCCGGAAGAGCGCACGGUUCAGCGUCCCCGAGGCAUCCUCUGCCAACCCCGGCGGAUCUGGCUCCGGCGCCGGCGCCUCCGCCCCCGGCGGGGAGGACUACGUGGAGAUUACCCUUGACGUGCGGGAUGACUCGGUAGCAGUGCACAGCGUGAAAGCCGCGGGCGGCGGUGAGGUGGAGGAUCCGGAGCUGGCUUUGCUGGCCAAGGGCCUCGAGAAGAGGACGUCCCUCGGCUCCAUCCUCGUGCGAAACGCCUCGUCAAGGAUCCGCCAGGUGUCGCAGGAGCUCAAGCGGCUGGCCUCCACCACGCGCCGACCCCACCCAGCGGGUGUAUUUGACCGGAACAAGUCCGCGGCUGCCCACGCGCUCAAGGGACUCAAGUUCAUCAGCAAGACUGACGGGGGAGCCGCCUGGGCUGGAGUGGAACAGAGGUUCGAUGAACUUACGGCUAACUUGGACGGCUUGCUCCCACGCUCCCUUUUCGGGCAAUGCAUUGGUAUGAAUAAGGAGUCGAAGGAGUUUGCCGGCGAGCUUUUCGAUGCCCUGGCUAGGCGGAGGAACAUCGUCAGAGGUUCGAUUACCAAAGCACAGCUCAAGGAGUUUUGGGAUCAGAUUAUUACCCUAAGUGCCUCUGCAAACAAGCUGUCAAACAUCCAAAAACAAGCCGAUGAAUACGCGAGACUGAUCAUGGAGGAAUUAGACCCCAACGAACUCGGAUACAUAAUGAUCGAGAACUUGGAGAUGUUACUCCUGCAAGGACCAAGCCAAUCCGUGAGAGGCGGUGCCGAAAGCCGUAACCUAAGCAAGAUGCUAAGCGAGAAGCUUAAGCCAACACAAGACACCUUCAUAAGAAGAAAGUACAGAGACUUUCACUACUUUGUGCUCGACAACUGGCAAAGACUAUGGGUGAUGGCGCUGUGGAUCGCGAUAAUGGCAGGCCUCUUCACUUACAAGUACAUACAAUACAGAAAUAGAGCCGUUUUCAAAGUCAUGGGCCAUUGUGUGUGCAUGGCCAAAGGGGCCGCCGAGACUCUAAAACUCAACAUGGCCUUGAUUUUGCUGCCCGUGUGCCGCAACACCAUAACCUGGCUCAGGAACAGGACAAAACUCGGAGUCGCUGUCCCGUUUGACGACAACCUUAAUUUUCACAAAGUAAUUGCCAUAGCAAUUUCGUUAGGUGUAGGGAUACACGCGAUUUCCCAUUUAACGUGCGAUUUUCCGCGGCUACUAGCAGCCACGCCGAAAGAAUACGAGCCUAUGGAGCAAUUUUUUGGCAAGCAAGCAACGAGCUAUUGGCAUUUCGUGUUGAGCUGGGAAGGGAUAACUGGGGUUGUAAUCGUGGUUCUAAUGGCCAUAGCUUUUACACUUGCAACACCGUGGUUUAGGAGGAAUAGGGUCGACUUGCCGAGACCUUUCAACAAGCUCACGGGGUUCAAUGCGUUUUGGUAUUCGCACCACUUGUUUGUUAUUGUCUAUGCACUCCUCAUUAUUCAUGGCAUCAAACUUUACUUGACACAUGAAUGGUACAAGAAAACGACAUGGAUGUAUCUGACUGUUCCAAUCAUGCUCUAUGCUGGGGAAAGAUUGAUCAGGGCAUUCAGGUCUAGCAUCAAGGCUGUUAAGAUCUUAAAGGUGGCUGUCUACCCAGGAAAUGUAUUGGCUCUGCACAUGUCAAAGCCACAAGGAUUCAAAUACAAAAGUGGGCAAUACAUUUUUGUCAACUGUGCAGCAGUUUCUCCAUUUGAAUGGCACCCAUUUUCCAUCACUUCAGCACCCAGGGAUGAUUAUGUGAGCGUUCACAUAAGGACUCUUGGUGAUUGGACCAGGCAACUCAAAGCUGUCUUCGCAGAGGUUUGUCAGCCACCACCUACGGGAAAGAGUGGGCUCCUUAGGGCUGACUUUAUGCAAGGAGAGAACAAUCCCAACUUUCCGCGUGUCUUGAUCGACGGUCCAUACGGUGCACCCACGCAGGAUUACAAAGACUACGACGUGGUCCUGCUGGUCGGGCUCGGAAUCGGAGCCACACCUAUGAUAAGCGUCGUGAAAGACAUCGUGAACAACAUAAAGGCCAUGGACGAGGAGGAGGGUGGGGCCACGCGGGGCUCCACACCCAACGCAAGCCCUCUAUCGACCCCUAGGAGGAAGUCGGGUUCUGAUAGGCGCGACUUCAAGACUCGGAGGGCUUACUUCUAUUGGGUCACGAGGGAACAGGGCUCGUUCGACUGGUUCAAGGGCGUAAUGAACGAGGUGUCUGAAAUGGACCACAAAGGAGUGAUCGAGAUGCACAAUUACUGCACGAGUGUGUAUGAGGAGGGAGAUGCUCGAUCGGCUUUGAUCACAAUGCUUCAAUCACUUAACCAUGCCAAGAAUGGGGUUGAUGUCGUAUCGGGAACUAGGGUUAAGUCGCAUUUUGCGAAACCUAACUGGCGAACUGUCUAUAAGCGUAUAGCACUUAAUCAUCCUACGGCACGAGUCGGAGUGUUUUAUUGUGGGGCGCCACCACCAGUGAAGGAACUAAGGCAACUAGCAUCUGAUUUUUCUCACAGAACCACCACAAAGUUCGAAUUCCACAAAGAAAACUUUUGACUUCUUCUGCCAAACUCACCAAGAUAUGUUUUUAUCCAAUGUUAAGGAUUUGAGAGAAGCUUCUGCCAAUCUUUCAUCCAUACUACUGUACAGAGACUCUUUAAUCGGAUACCAAAUGGUCCAUCUGGAUGGCCCACCUACCACUAUAGCGAGGGAAAUUUCAUAUAUCUUUAAUUCAAUUUAAUUUUUCUUACAUUUUGUUUUGUUCUUUUUAUUGGGUAGUAGUGUGACAUCACCAAGAAAUCAUGCUUAUGUCAGAUAUCUAAGUUUGAUACAAAUACUUAAAUGAUAGUGGCGAAAUAAUGGGAGGUGCAAUAAUUCAUUCCCCCACCAUCCUCGUUUUGAUUAUUAUGAUAAUUGUAUGUGUAUAAUUUAAUUUAAUUUGUUAUUUUGGUCAGAAAGAUAAUUGGUAUUUUGAUUAAAUCGUUGUGAUUUUAGAAAUAUUGUUCCGAGAUCCAUUUACUAUUUCCUCACAUGUUAUUCAUAA